CGAGGGCAGGCGCCGGCACCGGCCGGCCCAGGAACACCGCCAUGCCCAAGCCCGGCGAGGAGCAGCCCCCGCGCCCGGACGGCGGCGCCGAGGGAGCCGGGCCCUCCCAGGAGAGCCGCGAGGAAGAGCUGCCUACCCUCCGCCCGCCCGCCAGCCCUCCACAAAUUCUCUCCAUGAAUGAACUACUGGAAACAGCUCAUGAGAUUUCCAAACUGACCAUUGCACAUGAAAUUGUACUCAACCGUGACUUCAAACUGCAAGCGGUCAACUUUGCCCCAAACAGCCUGGAAAACAGAGUAAAGGAGACGUUGCACAAAGCCUUCUGGGACAGCCUGAAGGAACAGCUCUCUGCUAGUCCCCCAGACUACACUCAGGCAAUCCAACUGCUGCAGGAGAUAAAAGAGGCUCUACUAUCGCUGCUGUUGCCACGGCACAACCGACUGCGAAACCAAAUUGAAGAAGCCCUGGACAUAGAGUUGAUUAGACAGGAGGCUGAACAUGGGGCUCUGGAUAUCCACAGUCUCACCGUGUACAUCCUUGGCACAAUGGCAAUGCUGUGUGCGCCUGUUCGAGAUGAGGAAGUACAAAGAUUGCGAAGCCUGACAGAUCCAGUUCAGCUUCUUAGGGAGAUUUUCCGGGUGUUGGACCUCAUGAAAAUGGAUAUGUUGAAUUUUACCAUCCAGAGCCUCCGCCCCCACUUGCAGGACCACUCCGUCCAGUACGAACGGAAGAAAUUCCAGGAGCUUUUAGAUAAGCUGCCUAAUAGCCUGGAUCACACAACAGAGUGGCUACGCAAAGCAGCAGCAGAAGUGUCUGCGUCCUCCUCACAGCCUCCACCCCACCCUGCAGUCAACAGCUCACCUGUCUCACAGGGAGCAGUCAGCAGUAGCACAGCUGUGCCAAGUCCCACAUCUGUGCUAAACCGAGGAUACAUGAAUCUGCUUUGCUGGGAGCCUGGACAAAAGGAAUAUCCUGAGACACUGUUUAUGGAUCAAGGCCGACUGCAGGAAGUACAAUUGCAGGUGAAUCGGCUUACCAUCAUAGCUGCAGUCCUGCUGGUGACCAGUAGCAUGUGUGGAAGCACCUUAUUUGGCUCACCUGGGUUUGUAGCUAGGCUGAAACGGGUAACAAAGGUCCUCUUGGAAGGGCUCUCUUGUACCAGGUAUGAAGAAGCUUUACAAGACAUCGGCAAUCAAGUGCUCCAGGAAGUCAGCAGGACUCUUUCACAGCUGGGUUACCCUGCUUUUACCAAAGACAAAUGUGCUUCCCUGAAAGGCCAGAUAAGAAGCAUCGCAGACAAGGACAACGCAGUGCGGAAUGUCAUUGAACAGCGGAUUCAUUCAUUCCUCAGCCUUUUUAUUUCCCCCAACGGGCAGAGUUCUCUCAAGGACCUCCCAAGGGGCCUUGAUGCCAUUCAAGAAGAGUUGCUGGAAGUUGGGCACAGGUUUGGAAGUGUGAUUCACCACAACAGGCAGGUGUUUGGACCUUACUACUCAGAAAUUCUCAAGAAAGUGCUUCUCCCAGAACUGGAACCAGACGCAGGAAUAGACUCUUUCUGAUCAUCUUCACCGCAUAUCACACGAGGGCAGGAAUGAAAUGGAUUCUCCAGCAGUUUCUCAAAUCAUGCUUUAGCUUGUAAAAAGCAACUGGAAGUAAACACAGCUGGGCUGGCGGAGCUCCUAGGAAGUGACUCUUGGCAUUGUCAGUUGGCACUUAUGUAUCUGAAUAAACCUUUCAACUGCAAAAAGACAGUGGCUUUUUUGCCCCCAAACCUUCUGCUCUUUGAUGCAGCUCAUCUCACUGGUGGGGAAGGCAGUAAGAUAUUAAGUUCAUAAAACUGUACUGCAGCUUAGGCAGUUUUUUUUCCCACUUUUUAAAAUCUAAGGUGUUAAUUCUACUGUGGGCCUUUAGCCUACUUUGCUGAAACAUGUUAGUAAUAGCCCAGGGACACUGUUUGGAUGUGAUAAAGCCACAUAGUAUUUAAAAUCAUUAAAACUACUUAAUAUCUUUCAACAUCAGCUUAAAAACCAGACUUACUGAAUUAUUAGAAAUGGCACAUAUGGUAUAAAUCUAGCAGUCCCUCCUGCAUUUAGUAUUUUAUAUCAGCCAGAUCUUACUUGACACAAAAAUCUGAACUUUAACCUGUAUUUAAAUAUCUGGCUUUCUUGGCCUAAUUUUACAUAAGGAACACGUCCCACUUCUUGGUAUGCCAAAAAUCU